UCUACUGCUUGUAAGAGAGUUUGGACUGGAGGUCCCCACCCUAGGGGUGUUCAGGACCCUUUCUCUUAUCACUUCUACUGCUUGUAAGAGGGGUUGGACUGGAGGUGCCCACCCUAGGGGUGAUCAAGACCCUCUCUCUCAUCACUUCUACUGCUUGUAAGAGGGGUUGGACUGGAGGUCCCCACCCUAGGGGUGUUCAGGACCCUUUCUCUAAUCACUUCUACAGCUUGUGAGAGGGGUUGGACUGGAGGUCCUCACCCAGGGUUUGCUCACCCCCUUAAAUUCUGUCUGUGACUGGGACUGGGCUGGAGGUGCCCACCCUGUGGGUGUUCAAAACCCCCUUUAAACCAAUAUAUUGCCAUUGACAGGAACUGGGCUGUAGGUGGCCAGGACCCCCCUUUAAAUUUAUAUAUUGCCCUCCCACUAUUGUUCAGGACCCUUUCUGUAAUCCCAAAUAAUACCUGUGACAGGUGAACUGCAGGUGCCCACCCUGUGGGUGUACAGGAUCCCCCUCUAAUCCAAUAUAUUGACUUACAGGAGAGGAUUGGAGGUACCCAAACUGUGGGUUCUCAGACCCUACUCUAAUCCCAUACACUGUGCCAGGAAAUAAAUUUGAGGCACCCACACUAUUUGUGCUCAGGAUCUUUUUAAACCAUUAUACUGCCUGUACCAGGGACUGGACGUUCCAAUCCUGUGUAUGUGUGUUAAGGAAACGCCUGACCUCUAUACUGCUCUAAGUGCAUAAGUUACCUGCACUGGGUGACAGUGACACAGGUUCAUUUUAUUUCUACUUGAAAGUUUGGUAUGUACAAAUUCAGAUCUAUGCAAAAACUGACACUGAAUGAAAUCUGCAAAUUGCACAUUUUCAAAAUUUGGUUCUCUUUUUUUGUGGUACAUACUUGACAACACUAUUUUCCAACUUAUGAACUUUAUUUAGAAACAGAAUUUGUUGAACACAUAAGCCACAGGCGGCUUCCAAAGAGACUAUUUGUUAACACUACAGAAAGAAAGGAACCUCCUUUUUUAAAUUGUUUUGUUUUUAACUAACCUAAGUAGCUGAAACCGCUUUAUUAAGCAACAGGAAUCUGGAUGCUGUGAAUACGACCUAACAAGACUUUCUGGCAAUCUUAAAGGAAACUGCUUUUUGCAUUGCAUCUUCAUCCUAUGGGGCAGCAGCCUGGGAAAGUGCUUGGGGACCAGAGGCGGCCAAGCCUGCCUGCCUUACCCUUCAUAAAAGGAGUUGGGAAAAAGGAUUCUGCUAAACAUGGAGGACCCCCUUGCAAUGUCUUUGUGGAGCAUGAAGCCUUGCAAAGACCUAUAGUAACAGAUUUUGAGCCACAAGGUCUGAGUGAAGCUGCUCGUUGGAAUUCCAAGGAAAACCUCCUCUCCUGUCCGAGUGAAAAUGACCCAAACCUCUUUGUUGCACUGUAUGAUUUUGUGGCCAGUGGGGACAACACACUUAGCAUUACUAAAGGUGAGAAGCUCCGUGUUUUGGGUUACAAUCACAAUGGAGAGUGGUGUGAGGCCCAAACCAAAAACGGACAAGGCUGGGUGCCAAGCAAUUAUAUCACGCCAGUCAACAGCCCUGAAAAGCAUUCGUGGUAUCAUGGACCCGUGUCUCGCAAUGCAGCGGAAUACCUCCUCAGCAGCGGGAUCAAUGGCAGCUUCUUGGUACGGGAGAGCGAGAGCAGCCCGGGACAGCGAUCUAUAUCCCUUAGAUACGAAGGCAGGGUCUACCACUACCGGAUCAAUACCGCCUCUGAUGGCAAGCUUUACGUGUCCUCGGAGAGUCGAUUUAACACCCUUGCAGAACUGGUCCACCACCACUCAACUGUAUCCGAUGGACUGAUCACUACACUACACUACCCUGCUCCAAAGAGGAACAAGCCCACUAUAUAUGGGGUGUCCCCCAACUACGACAAGUGGGAGAUCGAGCGAACGGAUAUAACCAUGAAACACAAGUUAGGGGGCGGACAGUAUGGUGAAGUGUACGAGGGCGUGUGGAAGAAGUAUAAUUUAACCGUGGCUGUGAAAACUUUGAAGGAGGACACAAUGGAGGUAGAAGAAUUUUUGAAAGAGGCUGCUGUGAUGAAAGAGGUUAAACACCCGAACCUGGUUCAGUUGCUGGGGGUCUGUACAAGAGAGCCUCCUUUUUACAUAAUCACAGAAUUCAUGUCGUGUGGGAACCUGCUCGAUUACCUGAGAGACUGCAACAGACAGGAGGUCACCGCUGUGGUGCUGCUUCACAUGGCGACGCAAAUCUCAUCAGCCAUGGAGUACCUUGAGAAGAAGAACUUUAUCCACAGGGAUCUUGCAGCCAGAAACUGCCUCGUAGGGGAAAACCACUUGGUCAAGGUGGCCGAUUUUGGCCUAAGCCGGCUAAUGACUGGAGAUACGUACACCGCCCAUGCAGGUGCCAAAUUCCCCAUCAAGUGGACUGCUCCAGAAAGCCUGGCCUACAACAAGUUCUCAAUCAAGUCUGAUGUCUGGGCAUUUGGCGUCUUGCUGUGGGAAAUUGCUACGUACGGCAUGUCUCCAUACCCUGGUAUUGAUCUGUCUCAGGUGUACGAACUGCUGGAGAAGGAUUAUCGAAUGGAGCGACCAGAAGGCUGCCCAGAAAAAGUCUACGAACUCAUGAGAGAAUGCUGGCAGUGGAAUCCUCUAGAUAGGCCUUCCUUUGCCGAAAUCCAUCAAGCUUUCGAGACCAUGUUCCAGGAGUCAAGUAUAUCUGAUGAGGUAGAGAAAGAGCUUGGGAAGAAAGGUCUUCGGGUGAUUGUGAGCAACCCUCUGCAAGCUCCAGAACUACCAACUAAGACUAGAACAUCCCGGAGAACUGCCGAGAGCAAAGAUGAAACUGCAGACGCCUUGUUCUGCAGAGGUGCUGUUGAACCUGGGGAUGUUUUGGAGCUAGAGCCUGCUGUGUCUCCCCUUCUGCCUCGCAAGGAGAGAGGAGCAGGAGAAAGCAUAUUUCCAGAGGAGGAACGUCUACUGCCAAAUAGCAAGAAGCCCAACCUGUUCAGCACCCUGAUCAAGAGGAAAAAGAAGACUGCUCCAGCACCACCAAAGCGUAGCAGCUCCUUCCGUGAUGAACGAAGGGCCAUGGAAGGAGAGGGCAGAGAGGCAAGCAAUGGAGGAGAUCUACUUGAAUCAUUAAAAUACCCAAGCAAUGGGGCAGCAAUCACCAAUGGAUCUAUUCAAGGGAGUACUGGUUUUCUGUCUCCAAACUGGAAGAAAUCCAGCACAGUGACAGGCAAGCAUGUUCCUCCCAGUGAAGAUGAUGGAGCGAGCAACUCAAGCAGGCAUUUUUUGAGGUCAUUUUCUGCUUCUUGCAUGCCCCAUGGAUCAAAGGAAAUGGAGUGGAAGUCAGUGACCCUUCCCAGGGACCUACCUUCAUCUCGCUGUGCAUUGGACACAUCUAGCUCUGUUGCUGGGCAAAAGGCAGAGAAACCAGCACUGCCUCGCAAACGAGGCAAUGAAACCAAACUUGACCUUUGUUCCUCCCGAGGAGCUGUUACACCUCCACCUCGGCUACCCAAAAAAACAGAGGAGUCAAUUGAUGAAGUAUUUAAAGACACUGAACCCAGCUCUGGGUCCAGCCCCUCUAGUGUUACACCCAAACUACCACGUAGGAAGCCAGGUGGCCCUGCGACAUCUGCUCUUCUACAAAAAGAAGAUGCAGGGAUCGUAAAACUUGGUUCUGUUACAACAGACAUUGGGCCAACUACCAAGCAGACCUCAUGCCCCGGGAAGGCAGAAGCAGAACUUCGUCUCAGGAGACUUAAGCCAUCAUCUGAAACAACCACAAAAGACAAAAUGAAAGUACUGAAGUCUAAACCUACUCCACCUCUACCACUUACCUCCACUGGCUCAACGUCUUCUACCACCUCAUCCACUUUAGGAAAAUCUGCAAAGCUUACAUCCCAAAGUCUCAACCAAGACACCAGCCCAGGCGAGCAAAAACACAAAUCCACAAAUCAGAAUGAUGAUCAACAAAGAACAAGUCCGGCAGAUAAUGUAAAGAAAUCGAGUCUUCUAACCAGCUCAAAGUCACAACCAACAGGAAAGGUUCCAGGAGCUCUGACAGUUGUAGGAGGCGGUGGGGAAACACAGCAACCUUCUGCUUCCACCACUGCAUUUGUUCCCCUAAUCUCCACAAGAGUUUCAUUACGCAAAACCCGCCAGCCUCCUGAGAAGCUUCACAGCGGCGCAGUCACAAAGGAGACUGUGCUAGAGAGUACCGAAUGUCUGCGGGCCACCAUCAGCCGUAAUUCUGAACAAAUGGCUAGCCACAGUACUGUGCUUGAAGCCGCAAAGAAUUUACAUGCUUUCUGCACCAGCUAUGUAGACUCCAUUCAACAAAUGAGGAACAAAUUUGCUUUCCGGGAAGCUAUCAGCAAGCUGGAGAACAGUCUCAGGGACCUACAAAUCUGCCCUGCAGCAGCCUCCAGUGUUGGUGGGCCCGCCACUUCUCAGGAUUUUAGCAAGCUGCUGUCCUCUGUCAAGGAGAUAAGUGAUGUGGUGCAGAGGUAGCAUCAAUGGUCCAUAAUUUUGAGUUUAUGCAGGGCUAAGAGUGGAGGACAUCAGGGCGUAGGUCAAAGGGUUUCAACCCCCCUUCUGACUGGCUGAGUUUGGGGUAGACAAGGCCAUAAUAGGUGCUUUUAAAACCAAUGCCCAAGAUAAUUGCAGGGCAUACCGAGUCUCGAUUGGUGGUUCCCUAGCAGAUAUUGUGCCAUGGUACAUGGAAUCAAACUCACUAGGCAAUGUAAGUGGCCAAACACGCACAUUUUUAUUUAAGAUCACACUUCCAUUUUACCUAUUUUCAAAGAGACUGCUGUUUUUUCUCCGACACAGACUUUCAUGGUCUACAGGUUUGUAAAUUCUUAAUUUCUAAGUGCUACACAUGCGUUUGGAGGUUUCCUCUGGUGAACAUAAGCCAGCACUGCAGGUUGUUUAUUCAAACCGUAUUGUAAGUGCAAAAAUAAUGCCUUUGUCCAACACUGCUUCUUCCCAGUUUCCAGUGCCUCACACAAGUCGCCUAAAAAUCUUGAAAACACUAGGCCAGGAGGAAAAACAUACAGAACUGAUACGGUAACCAAUCUUCCUCUCCCCUGCACACUUUAAAGAAUUGUUCUAAACCCGUUGAUAAAAAAAAAAAGUCUACAUUUCUCCCUACAUGCAGACGUCUUGACAUUUUCCUGAGAAAUGCACAUGCAAAACUGAAAUGGUCUUAUUUAAUCAUCCAAAAACAUUCCAGUAGAAAUCCUGCUAAAAAUGAACCAAUACCUACGUAAAUCAAUAACUUACUGUAACAUUCCAUCACUAUCACCCUCUGAAUUUUCUCUCGGUCGGAAUUGUAUUUUGACCCAUCCACUUAAAUUGACACUUUCAUCAAAUAAGAAAAAAGAGGAAUUGGGGGGCACACCCGGAUCAUGCAUUUGUAAGUACUGGUGCUGCCUUAGAGACCAAAAUACAGAUUAGGGAACAGCACAUACAAUAAAAUAUGCAGUUCUAAGUUUUACAAGGCUACUUAAAGUCACCUAUCUCAGCAAGCAAAUAUGGAGAUUCAGUUACACCAUAUGGACAUAUUGUGUUAAGCCCAACACGGUGU